AUGCCACCACGAAAACCACAACAUGGCUUCCGUCGUGGAGGGAAGCAAGCAUAUCAUGGACCCCGAAAAGCCAAAACUUUUGAAAAAUCGUCUGGGAGAAAUGAAGGUACAUCAUUGGAGGAAAAGGUGGAAGCUGUCAAACUAGGCCAUUCGAUAGAUGAAGCCAUGGGAUUUCCGCGGCAUGAGUCUGGCAAGAAGAAGAUUGGAUGGUUGGUCAAUAUAAAGGCUACGACUAUCGAGGAUGAAAAACAUUUAGAAGGUCGAGCCGGUGUAGACUGUUACUUUAUCGAGGACGAUGGAGGAACUUUCAAAGCGACAGUAGAAUAUGAACCCUAUUUCCUGGUCGCGGUCAAAAGAGGAUACGAACCAGAAGCUGAGGAAUGGCUUAAGAGAGCGCCUGGAGGAGGUGUUUUGAAGAGUAUAAAACGAGUGGAAAAAGAGGAUUUGUCAAUGCCGAAUCAUCUGCUGGGUUACAGGAGGAGUUUCUUUGAAUGUAGGUUUAGGAAUGUGUCGGAUCUGCUGGCGGCUAGGAAAGACAUUAUGCCGGUGGCAGAGAAGAACAAAAAGAAUAUGAAUGCAAUGGAUACGUAUGCGGAGGUUGCUAGUGCAAAUGCUGGAUUCGAUCUGUUUGACGACUCACGAGAUGAUGAUAAACGACUUAAUGUUUCUAUUGCGGAGGGUAGCGAUUUUAUUGUAGAUAUAAGGGAAUGGGAUGUACCAUACCAUGUACGAGUAAUGAUAGAUCAAGAUAUACGAACGGGAAAAUGGUACUCGGUAGAGGCAAAACACGGUACAACGACGUUGAAAUGCCUGGAAGAUCGUUUGGCCAGAGCCGAUCCAGUAGUUAUGGCAUACGAUAUCGAAACGACCAAACUACCCUUGAAAUUCCCAGAUGCUACAAUCGAUCAAAUCAUGAUGAUAUCGUACAUGAUAGAUGGGCAAGGAUUUUUGAUCACGAAUCGAGAGAUUGUUUCCGAGGAUAUUGAGGACUUCGAAUAUACGCCGAAACCUGAAUACGAUGGACCAUUUAUGAUUUUUAAUGAACCGGACGAGAAGGCUGUUAUCGAGCGUUUUUUCCUACACAUCAAAGAAGCACGACCUACAGUUAUAGCGACAUAUAACGGAGACUUUUUCGAUUGGCCGUUUGUUGACGCACGAGCUAGUGUUAAUGGUAUUGAUAUGUACCGAGAGAUUGGAUGGCGCAGGAGUCAAAGCGAGGAUCAGUACAUUUGUGAUUACAGUGCUCACAUGGACUGUUUCCACUGGGUUAAUCGUGACAGUUACCUGCCCCAAGGAAGUAGAGGUUUAAAAGCUGUGACAACAGCAAAGCUAGGUUAUGAUCCAGACGAGAUCGACCCAGAAUUGAUGUUGAGAUAUGCCAGCGAGAAACCCCCAAACUCUUGCAGAGCUUACCAAAAAGAGAUCGUACUUCCAAAUAAACAUGUAACGCCAAAAGAGUCGUUUUGGGAAGGCCAUUUAUUGGAGUCGGAAACCUACGUUGGUGGACAUGUGGAGAGUAUUGAAGCAGGAGUUUUUCGAGCCGAUAUACCCGUUAAUUUUGCUGUCGAUACAACUGCUAUCGAUGAACUUCUCGAGGACUUGGAUUCUGCAAAACCGCGAAUCGAAGCGAAAAAACCCCUGAUUUACCAUUUGGAUGUCGCUUCUAUGUACCCAAAUAUUAUGACGACAAAUCGUCUUCAACCCGACUCUAUGAUUCAAGAAUCAGAUUGUGCGGCGUGCGAUUUUAAUCGACCUGGUAAAACUUGCGAUAGGAGAAUGCCCUGGGCAUGGAGAGGCGAGUACCUUCCAGCGAAGAGGGACGAAUAUAAUAUGAUCAGGCAUUCGCUUGAAAAUGAACGAUUUCCAGGAAAAUAUCCGAAGCAACCAAUGAGAUCAUUUCAGGACCUUUCUUACGAAGAGCAGGCUGCGCUGAUUCGGAAGCGCUUGCAAACAUAUAGUCAGAAAAUUUACCACAAGAUCCAUGACCAGACCACUAUCGAGCGAGAAGCAAUCAUUUGUCAGCGAGAGAAUCCAUUUUAUAUUGAUACUGUAAAGGAUUUCAGAGAUCGUCGAUAUGAUUACAAGGGUAAGCAGAAAGUCUGGAAAGGCAAGACUGAUGCUCUUAAAUCAGCAGGUGCUCCAGCUGCUGAAGUCGAAGAUGCGAAGAAGAUGAUUGUGUUGUUCGACUCCUUACAAUUGGCUCACAAGGUUAUUUUAAACUCCUUUUAUGGUUAUGUCAUGAGAAAAGGUUCACGGUGGUAUUCCAUGGAGAUGGCUGGUGUCACUUGUUUGACUGGAGCUCACAUCAUUCAAAUGGCUCGACAACUAGUCGAACGAAUUGGACGGCCUCUAGAACUGGAUACUGAUGGUAUUUGGUGUAUGCUUCCGGCGACAUUUCCGGAGAACUAUGCUUUCAAAAUAAAGAACGGAAAGAAGCUGGCUAUCUCGUACCCUUGUGUGAUGUUGAAUCAUCUUGUCCAUGACAAAUUCACAAACCACCAAUACCAAACUCUCACUGAUCCGAAAACCUUCAAGUACGAGACGCAUAGCGAUAAUUCUAUCUUCUUCGAAGUCGAUGGUCCUUAUCGUGCUAUGAUUCUGCCUACUUCCAAGGAAGAGGACAAAAAUCUAAAGAAACGUUACGCUGUGUUUAAUGAUGACGGGAGUUUAGCGGAACUCAAGGGAUUCGAGGUGAAGCGAAGAGGAGAACUGAAGCUCAUUAAGAUUUUCCAACAACAAAUCUUUAAAUUCUUUCUGGAAGGUACAACUCUCGAGGAGACUUAUCAAGCAGUGGCAAAAGUCGCGAAUCAAUGGCUUGAUGUUUUAGAUUCGAAAGGAAGAACUCUUGCCGACGCAGAACUUAUCGACCUCAUUUGCGAGAAUAGAAGUAUGUCAAAGAGUUUGGAGGAAUAUGGCACGCAAAAAUCAACUUCGAUCACUACUGCAAAGCGCUUAGCAGAGUUCCUGGGUGAACAAAUGGUGAAAGAUAAAGGUUUGAAUUGCAAGUAUAUUAUUUGCGCCAAACCAAAGCAUGCACCGGUGACUGAACGAGCUGUUCCGGUUGCUAUCUUCUCAUCGGAUAUCUCAGUGAAGCGACACUUUCUGCGUAAAUGGUUGAAAGAGGAUCCCACAGACAUGGAUCCAAGAGCACUCUUAGAUUGGGAUUAUUACUCUGAACGUCUUGGGUCUGUCAUUCAGAAACUCAUUACCAUUCCUGCAGCUCUUCAAAAAUGUUCAAAUCCAGUGCCCAGAGUAGCACAUCCAGAUUGGCUACAGAGAAGAAUUCGAAUCAAAGACGACAAAAUGAAGCAAAAGAAGAUGACCGAUAUGUUUACCAAAACUCCCCUUGAAGACAUAUCAAAUCUGCAGGAUCCAAGAAUGGCCGAUAUGGAAGACUUCGGAACGCAGCUUCUGAAACCUAAGACUCUGGGCUCUCAGCUAAAUGCAGCGUCGCAGAAGCCUAUGAAAAGGAAGUCUCCAGAGCCUGCGGUGGCAGUCUCCAUAAACCCAUUUGCAGCACUCCCGGAUAAGAUGCCAUCACCAAGCGAAGACUACGAAGGAUUCUUGGAGUAUCAAAAACAAAAAUGGAAGAUUCAGAAACAGGCAAGAAUACGACGUCGACAUCUUUUCGGUGAGAAUCGUGGCGCCCAAAGCAAUAUUGCGACUACUUUCCAAAAUCAAGCCGAACAGCUAUUCAAGAGUACGUGGCAGGUGUUACAAUUGAGAGGUACUGAAAGUCCAGGUAUUGUUCUUGCGUUCGUUCUUAUUGACUCGAAGGUACAUACAUUGAAAGUCAAGGUUCCGAGAACAGUGUUUCUUAAUUUGAAAGGCAAGGAACUACCAGAUAUUGAAAUUGAUGGCUGCGAAGCUGAGAAGGUCACACAUACACUACCGAACGGACAUCCAUCAGUACAUUUGUUCAAACUCACAAUGUCCGAAGAUGUCUAUGUAAAUGAAGCGCAAAAGAUAUCUUUACUUUUCAAUCAUCCGAGUGUGGAAGGUGUUUAUGAGAAGCAAGUUCCACUAAACGUUCGUGCUGUUCUUCAAUUGGGAAGUUUGUGUACAUUUGAUGAGACGCAGCCUGGUGUCUUAGGAAGAGGUCUUGAGCAAGGAUUCGAUUUAUCUGGACUCCGUCGCGCGUCGCCGAAAAAUCCAUAUCUUUCAAAUUCGUCGAUGGAAUACCUCUUCCUUUACCAUGUCAUUGCUGGUGAUAGACAAGUCUUUGCACUCUUUUCGACUUCAAAAGAUCAGGCACAUGUUGUCAUUCUCCAGAAGACCAAGGUUGCCGAACAAGAUCUCCCUAACAUCGCGAAAACUUACGCAGAUGCCAUUGCCAAACGUCAUCAAGAUGCAAAGGGAGAAGUUUGGCAAAAUUGCUUCAAAUAUCAAGAAAAGAUUCAGUUCAAGAUUAGUCAAGUCACUACAAGAAGAAAAGCAUUGCUUGAAGUUGGUGACCUUGUCAAGAAAAUGAAAAAUGAUGAGUCCAAGCCACUCAUGCUCGUUGUCCAAUCUCCGCAGAGAAGAUUACUGGUACAUGAUGUGCCUAUCUUAGGAGACUUGCCAAUACUUCCCCUGAAAUCCGACGUUCAAGAUAGUAAACUCCCUCCACUAAACUGGCAAUCUAUCAUAGCAAAGCGCUUGGUCAGUCAUUACUUAAAUCUCGGAGAGUGGGUCAUUCAUCUGACUGAGCUCGCGAGAUAUGGAGAUGUUCCACUCUGCAACCUGGAAAGAGACGAUCCUCGUUUCUUGAUUGACGUGGCUUAUGCGAGAAGACUACAAAGGAGUAAUGUUGUUCUAUGGUGGUCUGGUGGCCCAAAGCCGGACCAUGCCGGAUACGAACUCGAUGAUGUUCUUGGUGGUCUUGAUACUGUGCAAAUGCCGUCAGUUAAUAACCCUGGUACUUAUCCAUCAGUUUGCAUUGAGCUUGAUGUCAGAAAUUUGGCCAUCAAUACCAUCUUGACAUCAUCUCUGAUUAAUGAGCUUGAAGGAAGCGACUCGAUAUCUUUCAAUCCUGCCGCGCCAUCAGACGAUGCUCCUAGCGAUGGCACUAAUGUUCUCUAUGCCGAGAAUGCUUUUGCUACUGCCGGUGUUACGGUUCUUAGAGAAAUGGUUAAAGCUUGGUGGACUGAAGCUUGUAGAGGUAGUAGCAUGGCUGAUAUCAUGGUGCAGCAUCUUGUUCGCUGGGUUGAGAAUCCGGACUCGUUUCUCUACGAUCGUUCACUGCAUUACUACGUACAAAUGAUGUCUCGAAAGGCUUUCCAACAACUGAUGACCGAUUUCAGGCGUGUCGGAUCUCAUGUCGUAUUCGCGAAUUCAAAUCGACUUCUACUACAGACCACCAAAGCCGAAGUCGGAAAUGCAUAUGCAUACAGUCAAUAUAUCCUCAAAUCGAUCAAGGCAAAGCCACUCUUCCAUUUCUUAGACCUUGAAAUCAAAGAGUAUUGGGAUUAUCUAGUUUGGUACGAUGAAUUCAACUACGGCGGUAAAGGCUGCUCGGAAGUCGUCGAAGCCGAAAACCAACCCCUGGAUAACAUCAUGCAUUGGCAACUGAGCAAUUUCCUCCCCGACAAGCUCCAACAGAUCUUCAAUGACUGGGUUUUAGAGUUCAUUGAUAUAAUGCACAGUCUCAAGAAACCACGUCUUGGCAUUGAUUCUACCCCUCGCGCCACUCAAAUUCCAGUCCGAAAUCUAGGAGAUGACAAAGAAGAUAAAAUCAUUCUUGGAAAAAGUUUCGAGAAACCACUCAAGAAACAGAUAGCAGGUAUCAUUCGCAGACAAAAAGACGAAAUGCUCCAUCCCGAACUCGCGGAAGAUUACAAAUUUCCCGUUCUGCCUGGUUCACAUCUCAAACCCACAAAUCCAGCACUAGAGCUCGUAAAGAGUCUUAUGCAAGUUCUUUCUCUCGACAAAAACAUCACACUCGAAGCUCGUCUCCUACGAAAAGAACUCUUGGAAAUGUUUGAAAUCCGCGAAUUUUCUAACGCGGCCAAAUUUCAGAAUCCUUCCACUUCUGCUAAACUCUUCAGCGUGGUCUGCGAUUCUUGUACCACGUCAAGAGAUAUGGAUUUUUGCCGUGAUGAAGAUUUACUUCCUAAUAGUGAAGGAAGUUGGAGCUGGAAAUGUCUAUUCUGUAAUGGAGAGUUUGAACAUCUAGGCAUUGAAGAGAGGAUUAUUGGGGAGGUGAUGGCAUGUGUGGGAGAAUGGGUGGGCCAAGAUUUGAAAUGUGUUAGGUGUAAGGGAUUGAAGGUUAAUGAUUUGAGACAGGGUUGUGGGUGUGGAGGAGAGUGGGGGGAAAGUGUAGAUAGAGGGGAGGUGAAAAUGAAAAUUGAAGGGUGGGGGAGGGUGGCAAGGUCUUAUGGGUUGAGAAUGCUGGGGGCGGUUGUUGAGGAGGUUUUGGGGGGUCUGUAG